GUGACCGCACAGCUGAUUUCUCUGUUUUGCUUUGACCGUUCAUCAUUUUCAUGUUAGCCAUUUCUGGCUUUAGCAGCCCGAGUAGCAUAGCGAUAGCAUCGUCCGACUUUACGCGAGCUUCACCAUGGCACAGGCGGCGCAGGCGGCGCAGGCAAACGUCUUCGACGCCACCAGCUCCCAGAUCCAGGUGGAGCACGACAAGAAGCGCCGACAGUUUGUCAUCAGACUAAACGGAUCUCAUGAUCGCGCAGUCCUGCUGUAUGAAUACGUCGGGAAGAAGACGGUAGAUUUGCAACACACCGAAGUUCCAGAUGCUUACAGAGGGAGAGGAAUAGCCAAGCACCUGGCCAAGGCAGCCAUGGAUUUUGUGGUGGAAGAGGAUCUGAAAGCCCACUUGACCUGCUGGUACAUUCAGAAAUAUGUCAAAGAGAAUCCUCAGCCUCAGUACUUUGAACAUAUUUAUCAAUGACCACACAUGGUGCUCUGACAGAGAAGAGAAGGAGAAAGAGACUCCCAGGGGAUAAAUACUGUGUGGCAGCAUGCUUUGGAGUUGUAGGCUGAUACACAUCAAACAAAGGACCUUCCGGGCUCUGUUAACUGUCUGUCUGUUGACAUUGAGUGACUCAACUGAACCUGUGGAAAAGACAUCUAUGAGCUGAGGAUGGACGCUCACACCAGAAACAGGAAGUGAAUCAGCUGGUCACAUCUUGUAAAACCACAAGCAAAUAAACUAACCAAAGCUGAAGCCCUGUUACCUCAGACAGUAACCUUCAGGAUGUAUACCUAUCACUGACUCGAAGCGAGUGUAAUGAGAGCAGAUGUGAGUCAAAUCUUGAAUUGUCCUUCUUUGGACUCACUGGUUGUGAGCAGCGCUACAAGAUGGUCGACCCAGACGUCCAGGAUAGUUUGGACGGACAAAAUGACGGCUUCACUGAUGCUCAAACUGUGAUGACUUUUAUAUUUCGACACCCUUUUUGAUAUUGCUUUGUUUUUCUAUUUUUAACUUUGCUUUCACUCUUUUCCUUAAAGUAACAGUAGGGAACGUUGGAGAAACUAGCAGGAGACAGAAAUCCCACUGACUUCCUUCCUUCUUCCAAAGCCACAACACCAAAAUACAUUUCCAUGCACAGUAGGUGCAGAGUGUGCACAGGUAGACAUUCAGGCUGAAUGAAAACGAUUGGCUGGGCUUAUUCCUAGCCUGCGACACCCACUGAUACCAGAUUCAUUACCUGCCAUAACUUUAAGAAAUUGUGUUUCUAGGGCUAAAAUUCUACUUUAGUAGAUUGUGAAUGAAAAUAUCUAGUCGAACUAGCUUGUCAAGAGUUUUUCUAUUGAGAUGUAGACAUAAAUCUGGUGGGUAAAAGGUAAUUUUUAAUGUAAUUUGAAGACAUUUAUGUUCCCAAACUUUAAAUUUGGUCCCCACGUUACUAUAUCAUACGUUCUACCCAGUAACAGAAAUUUACUGCUUGUAUUGGAGUCAUAAAUUAAUUAGUCAAAGAUGCAGGGACUUGUAAACCAAAGAACACAAACUGCAGAUGUCUAACUCUGGAGAUACAAUAAUAAACAAGCCUCAAGAGAUCAUUUUCAUUUUUUUCCAUCGUAUGUGUUGAAUAUUGCAGACAUGCAUGUGAUUAAAAUGGGUCUAAAGCUUGUCACUGUAUGUUGCAACACCUCAGUAUAGCUUUGGAUAAAUAUCUCUGUUCAAACCAGGAUUUCAACAACAGUGCGGCUAUAUUUAGGGCAUUUGCAUUUUGUGGUGUCCGCUGACCUUUGUUCAGUCACUAAUUUGUUCCAUUAGCUACAAAGCUUCUUUCUUCAGCUCAUGUCAAAAUGCUAAAGGUCAUCAUAGAAGAAAACUGUUACUGUAAAAUAAACUGUAGUUUCCCAUUUUUGGCUCUUCGGGAGCUUCUGCUGUCGACAAUCAAGUGUUGAGGAGAAAAAUCCCUCAGGUUACUCAGCACACUUACUCUGGCAGGACGUACAUCAACAUGCAAGGCAGACACUCGUUCUGCUUUAAUCACUUCAAGAGGUAACUGCAGGAAAACGUUCCCUUUGUAAAACUUUCCUUUAGGUGACACACCCAUUGAUAGGCUGAGGUGGUAUUUCAUUUUUUUGUG